ACACUCAUCCACCCAUUGGAUUUGAAAACAUAAAAACGCGCGUUUUUUGAAUUGAAGGAUUAUUGUGUCUUUUUUUGCUAAUAAAGUUUCAUUUGCUUGCUUUAUCGAAGGUCCAUUUAAACGUAGAAUUUCGACGAUUUCAAGUCUUUGAGUUUAUGAGACUUUUGAAUCAACGAAUUCUUCACGGUAUAACACUUUUGGGUACUAAUUUUUAGCUCAAGACAUAGGAUUGAUGAGUUUCUGUUAAAAAAGUCCAUUUAGUUGUUUACAAUAAUUAUUGUUAUUGUUUCAACUGGUUUUAUAUACCUCUUUUGGUUAAUCUUCUUGGUACAGUAUUACCAUAGGUUUUUCUUGAUCAAAAAGCUGCAUAGUCUGAGAUUGCAUUCCAACCUUUUGGGUACAUUAUAUUUUGAUUUAUCCUUUGUAAAUCCGUUUUGUUUUUUAAAUCUUUUUUGAUUCACUUUUGUUUUGUGGAUUGCAAAACUUAGUUUUCUUUGUUAUUAUUCACCUCUAAGGGGAAGAACCGUACCUGAAGUCUUUCUUCCUAGACCACAUUCUAUAACACUUCCGUCACAAAAAUACUUAGAGUUUGUCUAAUUCAUUUAUUUGAAUUGCUCGGUCUUUGAGAAUACUUAUUAUUGCUCUAUCUAUCGUCAAAUCCCUUUUUCCUUUAUUUUAUAGACAUGGAGCCUACUACUCCGCCUUUGCGGCCUGUAUGUACUCCUACCACUCCAGAGUCACCAUCGAGCUCCAAGCUUGAUCUUGAAAGCUAUUUUGACACUGAAGCGAACGACUCAAGUAUUAGAUAUACUGGGUUACCGAGCGCUGAAGUUUCUUGCAACGGGCUACCACCGACACCUGCGAAAACACCAAAAAAGCGGUUGUUUCCUUCUUUACUUCGAGAACGAAACUCCCAGGCUCUCCCGCUCAUUGAAGAAGAUGCUGAUAACAACCCGUUUUUGGGACCGCCUGCAUCCGAUGAAUUAAUUGCUAAACGGAAACGUGAAUUGGAAACACCGCCAUCCGAUGGCUUGUUUUAUGUUUUUCGUGGGAAAAAAGUGAAAAAAAUGUUUACAGAAGGGACGGACUUGUCAUCACUGAAGCCGAGACGAUUAUUCCCAGAAGCCGCGAGCAGUUCCACCACAACAUCCUUCGCCCGCACGAUGGAACCUUCUCAGCAACCUCAUAUCGGUGUUCUUCCUCCAGACUGUAAUCGUGAGCAAAAGUCCUUGUAUGGAUCGUCGUCCCUGUUUGGCGCUACGUCUCCACCGCUCCGAAAUCGUGGUUCCCAUCCUCCGGCCUCUCACACUUCUUCAUUUUACAACGGAAGCACCCACCGUCUUCCGAGGUAAAGAGUAAAACUAAGAGGGGUUUCUAAUCCAUCUUGUCCUCGUGUUUCCUCGUUUCAUAUAUAUUUCAUGUAAUUCUCCGUAUGCUUAAUGAAGAAAAGGUGAACUUUUUUCUUACCCAUCCUCUCUCUCUGUUUCUAUAUUUCCCUUCUUUUUUUCAGUGCUGGUCGCUGGUAUGUUUGUCUAUGGCAGCGUCGUGAAAUAACCAUAUGAAUAUUAUUUAACGGUUGAUGUUUGCAUAUCGAUUUUUUCAAUUUACGAGAUAUCCCACAGUAUGGUACUUUGAAGGCAGGUUCCCAAAGAAAGACAUACUAUCCACUUUCCUUUACAAUUACUGAUGAUUUUUAUUCCUAUUUCCAUAUUACAGUUAACUAUUGAAAUUAGUGGUUUUUUGACCAUCGUUUGCCCAAGUUCAAAUUUUAAUGAGGCUUUUUCUUUUACACAAUACCCGCUAAUAAACAAUUGAUUGAAAUCUUUUUUUUUUUUUUCGUUUCUAUUUUCUUUAAUAUGUCUAAGUGCGUUGACAGCUUUUAUUAUUACCUUAAUAAGAACAGAUCAAGAUUUUUCGUAGAAGUGUAUUUGUACUGUAUGGCACAAUCUUGUACUUUUCCUUGCAAGAAUUACUCGUCUC